CUGCUGAGCACCCGCCCCAGCUCAGUCUCGGCCUGCUCGCCAUGGACGACGACGAUGUCGCCAACCGCAAGGUCUCCUUCCGAAAGUGCCUGGAGCACCUCUCCGGGGCCGGCAAGGCCAUCGGAGUGCUGACCAGCGGCGGGGAUGCCCAAGGUAUGAAUGCCGCUGUCCGAGCCGUGGUGCGCAUGGGAAUUUACGUGGGGGCCAAAGUGUACUUUAUCUAUGAGGGUUACCAAGGCAUGGUCGAUGGCGGCAGAAACAUCGUGGAAGCCAACUGGGAGAGCGUCUCCAGCAUUCUGCAAGUGGGAGGGACCAUCAUCGGCAGUGCUCGUUGCAAAGCCUUCCGCACGCGGGAAGGUCGCCUGAAGGCUGCUCAGAACUUGGUUCAGCGGGGCAUUACCAACCUGUGUGUCAUUGGCGGGGACGGGAGUCUCACAGGGGCCAAUAUCUUCCGGAAAGAGUGGAGUGGGCUGCUGGAGGAGUUGGCUCAAAAUGGUGAGAUCGACAAGGAGCAGGUGCAGAAGCACGCGUACCUCAACGUCGUGGGCAUGGUGGGCUCCAUCGACAAUGACUUCUGCGGGACCGAUAUGACUAUUGGCACUGACUCUGCCUUGCAUAGGAUAAUCGAGGUCGUGGACGCCAUCAUGACCACCGCCCAGAGCCACCAGAGGACCUUCGUUCUCGAGGUUAUGGGGAGACACUGCGGGUACCUCGCCCUGGUGAGCGCCCUGGCCUGUGGAGCGGACUGGGUGUUCCUUCCGGAGUCGCCCCCAGAAGAGGGCUGGCAGGAGGACAUGUGCAUCAAACUCUCCGAGAACCGUGCCAGGAAAAAAAGACUGAAUAUCAUCAUUGUGGCGGAGGGAGCCAUAGACACCCAGAACAAGCCCAUUACCUCUGAGCAGAUCAAGGAGCUCGUGGUCAAGCAGCUGGGGUACGACACGCGUGUGACCAUCCUGGGACACGUGCAGAGAGGCGGGACUCCUUCGGCCUUUGACAGGAUUUUGGCCAGUCGCAUGGGGGUGGAGGCCGUGGUUGCCCUUCUCCAGGCCACCCCGGAGACCCCGGCCUGCGUGGUGUCGCUGAGCGGGAACCAGGCCGUGCGGCUGCCCCUGGUGGAAUGCGUGCAGAUGACCCAGGACGUGCAGAAGGCCAUGGACGAGAGGAGAUUUAAGGAUGCUGUGCAGCUCCGUGGGAGGAGCUUCGAGACCAAUCUCAACACCUACAAGCGGCUCGCCAUCAAGUUGCCUGACGAUCAGAUUGUGAAGAGCAACUGUAAUGUGGCGGUCAUAAACGUGGGGGCGCCCGCUGCCGGGAUGAACGCCGCCGUGCGCUCCGCCGUGCGCGUGGGCAUCGCGGAUGGACACAAGAUGCUCGCCAUCUACGACGGCUUCGAGGGCUUCGCCAAAGGCCAGAUAAAGGAGAUCGGCUGGGGGGAUGUCGGAGGCUGGACCGGCCAAGGAGGCUCCAUUCUUGGGACCAAACGCACGCUGCCCGGGAAGUCUUUGGAGGACAUCGCCGCGCAGAUGCGGACGCACAGUAUCAACGCCCUGCUCAUCAUCGGGGGAUUCGAGACGUGUGACCGCAUCAAACAGUCGGCCAGCGGGACCAAGCGCCGUGUGUUCAUCAUCGAGACCAUGGGGGGCUACUGCGGCUACCUGGCCAACAUGGGGGGGCUCGCCGCUGGAGCCGAUGCCGCCUACAUUUUUGAGGAGCCGUUCGACAUCCGAGACCUGCAGUCCAACGUGGAGCACCUGACGGAGAAAAUGAAGACCACCAUUCAGAGGGGACUCGUGCUCAGGAACGAGAGCUGCAGCGAGAACUACACCACGGACUUCAUCUACCAGCUGUACUCUGAGGAGGGCAAGGGCGUGUUCGACUGCAGGAAGAACGUGCUGGGCCACAUGCAGCAGGGUGGGGCGCCUUCGCCGUUCGAUAGAAACUUUGGGACCAAAAUCUCCGCCAGGGCCAUGCAGUGGAUCAGCACGAAAUUGAAGGAGGCUCCAGGCAAAGGAAAAAGGUUUACGAGUGAGGAUUCCAUUUGCGUGCUGGGAAUAAGCAAAAGAAACCUUCUUUUCCAGCCUGUGACACAGCUGAGGAAGGACACCGACUUCGAGCACAGGAUCCCCAAGGAGCAGUGGUGGCUGAAGCUGCGGCCGCUCAUGAAGAUCCUGGCCAAGUACAAGGCCAGCUACGAGGUCUCCGACUCCAACCAGCUGGAGCCCAUGCACCCCCGAGGCCACGAGGAGCCCGCUGCCAUCUAGACGCCGCUGGACCCGGACCCGGACCCGGACCCGCCCGCCCGGCUAGCAAGCACUGCUUUGGACUUCGUUUCCCUCCCGUUUUUGUAACACUUAAGUUAUUUGUCGGCCCUCCGAUGCGAGUAUUGUUGACGCGAAUACCUACACACAGAGCCCCCGUCCUGUGUCCUGCCUCCCCACAGGACCCUAAGACUCCAGCACGAGCUGUCUGCUGCGUCUCGUACUCCGUGUCCUGCUUCCGAGCGUGUGUAGCCAGUAGAAUUAAACAUCAGCUCAAACUCCAA